AUGGCGGGCGCACCAGGCCCAAUUCGAAGAGCAUGGUACCAAUGGAAGAUGAAGCGCUUUCCAUGGCGCAAGAAGUGGCUUGUGGGCUUCGAUCUCCAGGGCAACACCUUCUGGGAGUUCAAGGACGCACUGCACGCACUGCGCAACCGGAGAAUAGCAAAAUACAGCCGUAGCACACAUUAUGGCGACGUGCAGAUAUCGCCGUCAUGGAUGCAAUGGCUGCGGCAUACGCGCUACGAACCGCCCACUGUCGCCGAACAACACCAGGACAUGAUGAGGAUAGAGCGCAUGAAGCAGCUUGCCGCGCAAGCGGAUGCGAGAUGGGCAGAAAAGCCCUCAGCGCUGGAUGCGCCGGAUAAGCAACAACCUGUGCAGAUGCUGCAGUCGAGAGACCCGGACAGCGGCGUCACGCAGAUGAAUGCCGCCCAAGAGGUAAGGGACACCAUAGAACCGCCUCGCCCACUCGAACAGGAAGCUGCAAGACCAGCGCCAGUAGAGCCCGAGCAUUCUGCAGAGCCUCAGCAGAUGCCACGCGACCCACCAGCACCGGCCGCCCAAGACGACACGCCUGCCUUUACAGCGAAGAAGAAAAUGAAGAAGGAACCCAAGGACUCGCCAUGGAAGCACGCGGUUCAGAAACUCCUCCUCAUGGUACUGAAGGAAUGGAUUGGUGCGCAGCGUGUCGUGGUAGGCAAUGAUGGUAGGUUAGAUUAUACCUUGUCCUACAGCAACCCCGACAACCCUAGCCUCCUUUUCACCAUCCCCAAAGCCCUUCUCAAAGAUUAUAUCCGCGAAAGAGUUCAUGCCUGGUCAACAGACACCAAGGAAUUUGACGACCCACAAACCUUCUACCUAAGCCAUCUCCUGAUAUCCUUGAAAAUGCCAGACAACCGUCUAGCCUCCUAUGACCUAUCCUCGCACCCUCUCAACCCCAUAUCACGGGAUCCCAACCUCACACUCUCAACAACAUUCCCCAUCAAUAACAAUCACAAGCUCCGAAACAUACUUUUCCCUUGCCUACCUCCUACUCACGGCUUCGAAAAGAUAAAACUAGACUUCACAGCUGAACAGUACUUUGCGCUCUUCGACGUGCAGGUACCGCCAUUCCACUACCGCGACGACACAGUCACAGGCGACAACCUCUACCGCGACGACCACUGCCACUCCGCUGGCCUCCUCCUCGCACACACGCAUGCCCUCGAGCUGCGUUCCGGCUCAGCCUACAAGUCCAGCAACCCCUGGUACAACGUCACGGAGCCCGCAUGGUGCGCCCCAAAUCCAGCUUGGUCCUACGUCGAGGCUAGACUCCGCCCUCAUGUCUGCGAUAGCGGCAUGGUUGUCGACUGGAUACUCGAGUAUGCGUGGUAUGCUGGGUACCUUCAACGUAUACGGGAUAUCAAGUUGAGCGGGGAUGUGCAGGGAUGGGUCAAGGAGAAGUGGUAUGAUAUUUUUCGACGGCACGCUGAUUACGUUGAAGCGCAUCCGGGAGAGCAUGUUGGUAUUUUCGCUGUACAUAGGCCUGAUCCUAUAGAGUUGGAGAUGAUUGGUAUGACUGAUGAUGGCGGGGAGGAUAAGGAGGACGAGGAGGACGAGGCAUGGAUGCCGAGAAAUCACUAUCCGCCGCCAUGUACAUGUGAGGUGGGUUGCUGGCGUCUGCAAAAUGGCAAGAUCGAGGAAGAGAUAAAGGCGAAGACUUGGGAAGAUUUUGAGCAGUAUGAGACGGAGGUGGUGUGUGACUGGAUGGUUGGUGUUGAGCUGGGACCUGUUGUGGACUGA